GAGAGAGAGAGAGAGAGAGAGAGACUCUGUUCUGGUCUGUCUCCUGUUGACCUCCAUGGAGAACCACCGCUGCAACGGCGACGGCAAGGAGAGCUUCAAGCCACCAGAAAUAAAGUUCACCAAGCUCUUCGUCAAUGGCCAGUUUGUCGACUCCGUUUCCGGCAAGACGUUCGAGACGGUGAAUCCUGCGACAGGCGAGGUGAUAGCGAAGGUUGCGGAGGGAGUCGAGGCAGACAUCGACUUAGCCGUGAAGGCUGCUCGCGAAGCCUUUGAUCACGGCCGAUGGCCCCGCAUGUCUGGUUUUGAGAGGGGGAGGAUCAUGUCGAAGUUCGCGGAUCUCAUCGAACAAAACAUCGAGGAAUUGGCGGCGCUGGACAGCGUCGACGCCGGAAAGCUUCUGGCCAGUGGCAAAACGGUGGACAUCCCCCACUGCCUCCACAUCCUCCGGUACUACGCCGGCGCCGCCGACAAGGUACACGGUGAGACCUUAAAGCUCGCCGGCGAGUACCAGGGGUACACGUUGCUGGAGCCCAUCGGCGUGGUGGGCCACAUAAUACCCUGGAAUUACCCCUCCACCAUGUUCUUAAUGAAGUCCAGCCCUGCUCUGGCCGCCGGCUGCACCAUGGUCGUCAAGCCCGCCGAGCAGACCCCUCUCUCCGCCUUGUUCUACGCCCACUUGGCUAAGCAGGCUGGUAUUCCUGAUGGAGUGAUCAACGUGGUCAACGGGUUUGGCCCCACUGCCGGUGCUGCACUUUGCUCUCACAUGGACGUCGACGCCAUUAGCUUCACCGGCUCAACGGAGACGGGACGCCUGGUGAUGGAGGCCGCUGCAAAGAGCAACCUGAAGACGGUGUCACUCGAGCUGGGCGGGAAGUCGCCCCUCAUCAUCUUCGACGACGCCGACGUAGACAUGGCGGUCGCUCUCGCACGCAUCGCCAUCUUCUACAACAAGGGCGAGAUCUGCGUGGCUGGCUCUCGCGUGUAUGUCCAAGAAGGAAUUUACGACGAGUUCGUCCGGAAGGCAGCAGAGAGCGCCAAAAGCUGGGUGGUCGGCGACCCUUUCGAUCCUAAUGUUCAACAGGGGCCUCAGGUUGACAAGACACAGUUCGAAAGAGUUCUCAGCUACAUCGAGCUUGGCAAGACAGAGGGUGCUACGCUGCUUACAGGAGGAAGACGCUGCGGCGACAAAGGCUACUACAUCGAACCCACGAUCUUUACUGAUGUCAAGGAGGAGAUGAGGAUCGCGCAGGAGGAGAUAUUUGGACCAGUCAUGUCGCUGAUGAAGUUUAAGACGAUCGAGGAAGCGAUAGAGAAAGCGAAUGCCACAAGGUAUGGAUUAGCAGCAGGGAUCGUGACGAAGGAUCUGAACACUGCGAACAGAGUGACGAGGUCGGUUCGAGCAGGAACGAUUUGGAUCAACUGCUACUUCGCGUUCGAUCCGGGAUGCCCGUUUGGUGGAUACAAGAUGAGCGGCUUCGGGAGGGACCUCGGCAUGCAUGCCAUCAACAAGUACCUCCAGGUGAAGUCUGUGGUCACUCCUCUCCACUCUUCCCCAUGGCUGUAACAGUUGCACAAUUCAACCAAUAAUGCCAUGGUCUGCAGAAUCUAAAUUUAGCUGUCUGUAAGGAUGAUGCGAUUAAUCGGUGUAUCCUUCAGAAAAAUCUUCAUACAUCUUACGAUUUAUAAGAAUUUGGACUGUUCUUUGAUG